CGAGUCCGCUCCAAUACUGCUCAAGCCGCUUGACAAGAAAUCUGGAAGUGCUGGGGAUUGGACUAUGCCCGAAGCGGGGGAGAGGUAGUUCGCAUCGACGAACCAAAUCAUCGGCACUAUCUCUCUUGAGACGAAAAGGCGCUGAAGAAGACAUGUCUUCGGCUGAGGCCGCCGCGUCAAGCUCCUUGAGCAACUCGCCUACAGGGGCUCCCGCGACGACUACGACCUCGGAACCAUCGAUCGCUGCACAUCAACAUCCCCUCAGAGGUCACAACUCGAGACUUUCUGUUUCCGGGAGCGCCAUCGGCCGAACACCCUCCAACGCCCCCUCGGUUGCCGGCGGAAGGUCGCUGAUUUCUAUGGACAAAGGAUCCUCGCUUGAAUCGUCUGUCAGGAAAUUCCGCAUCGUCGAGGCACUGCGUAAUGGCGAUACCGCCUUCAUCUCCAGAGCCAUCCGCGAGACCUCCGACAACGGGCCGCGCAUGAGUACCUCCUCUUUCACAACCCAACCCGGAGCCCUCGAAGAUUCCACAAUACUUCACUUAGCAAUCCAGUGCGCCGAACUGCCCGUCGUCGAGUAUGUCUUGUCUGACGGCGCGGGCUCACUCGAUAUCAAUGCGCGGGAUAAGGAUGGCAACACGCCUUUACACGUCGCCGCGGCGCAGGGCAGGAGUCAGGUUGUCCGUCUGCUCCUCGAGAACAAGGAUAUCAACGACGCCGUCGCCAACCAUCAGGGGCGUCUCCCCAUUGACCUCGCCCGCAACCCGGACAUCUUCCAACAGCUGCAGCUCUCAAGGUCCUUGUUUGCCGAAAACAAGAUUAGGCAGGUUCAGGAUCUCAUUCUCCACGGCGAGCUCAAAAAAUUGGAGCAGGUCCUGGAGGAGCCGCGGUUCAAGACGGUGCUGGACAUCAACAGCCCAGAGUUCGCGUCAGAACCCACCACAGUUCAGUCUGGCGGUACACUACUGCACGAGGCGGCCCGACGCAAGAACAGCCGUCUGAUCCAGGUUCUUCUUCUACACGGGGCUGACCCGUUCCGCCGGGAUCGUAAGGGCAAGUUGCCGCAAGAUGUGACAAAGGACGAGAUUACGCGCGCGAUGCUGAAAAAGUCACCUGCGGCCGUCGCAGCUCAGAGAGGCAUCCAGGAGAAGGCCGUGUUGGGAUCCACAACUCAGGGGGCAGCCACGGCAACCCCUGGUGAUCCGCUCGCCGGAAGGGAAGCGCGAGAGAUGAAAGGCUACCUCAAAAAGUGGACCAACUACCGGAAAGGGUACCAGCUGCGUUGGUUUGUGCUAGAGGAUGGCGUCCUUAGCUAUUACAAGCACCAGGACGAUGCCGGCUCGGCCUGCCGUGGAGCCAUCAACAUGCGCAUCGCAAAGUUGCACAUGAGUCCCGACGAGAAGACAAAAUUCGAAAUCCACGGCAAGUCUUCGGUAAAAUACACGCUCAAGGCAAACCACGAGGUUGAAGCCAAGCGUUGGUUCUGGGCCCUCAACAACUCGAUCCAGUGGACAAAGGACCAGGCCAAGGAGGAAGAACGACAGCGCGCGCGGAACGCGGAGCUGCUGAAGCAAGCGAAGGCCGAGCAUACGCACCUCUCCGAACCACCGAGCGAGAACGCCAGCUUUGCUGAGCCGUCACGUAACAGCAUUCAACUCACACGGCUUCAUUCUUCCGCACGAGCAUCCAGCAGGAGCGGAUUCCCGACGCCGGGAAGCAACGACGAGGAUGACUUUCUUGACGCAGGGACCGAAGCAGACAAGACAGACCGCAACGGGGGUACUGUUGCUGACGAAGCUGAUGAGGACGACGAGUUCGGCGAGGGCUCCAGUGGGCACGAUGCACCGCCCGCCAACAAAGACGCCUUCAACAUCACAGCUCAGUCGGCCAAGUUGCAGCUUGAAUCCAUGGCCAGUGUCACAUCGGCGCUUCUCCUUGAGGCGACCAAGAACCCGGCUCUCACUCUGUCCGACACCAAGACGUCUCAAGCUCUAGCUACGUAUGACGCCGCCAUCCGCUCGCUUACUGGUCUUAUCGGUGAUCUCCUCCGAAUCUCGAAAGAUCGCGACGCGUACUGGCAGUAUCGCCUAGACCGCGAGUCUGAGAUGCGGCGCAUGUGGGAGGAGAGCAUGGCACAGGUUGCUAAGGAGCAGGAGGCCCUCGAGGCCCGCGUUGGCGAGGCUGAACUGAAGCGGAGGAUGACGAAGCGUAUCCUCAAAGAAGUCGUCGAGAAUGGCAUUCUUGAAAGCAACCAAGUGCCCCUCUCGGCAACUCGGCCAGAGGAAUCUGCCGUCCAAGAGACAGCAGAGAAGGAGACCGCGGCCGAGUCUAUGGGAGCCAAGUCACCUACCAUGAGCCUAUCGAGGAGAAAGACGGUGAUGUCUCAAAUUGCCGACAUCUCAGACUCCGAAUCUGAUGAAGAGGAGUUCUUCGAUGCAGUCGAUGCCGGUGAGGUCGAAGUCUCUCAGUUACCUCCAUCAGAGCUUGCCAUGUCCCAAGAACAGAAGCAACUGGUCAUUUCCGAUGCCUACGACAUCAGCAGUUCCUUUAAAGGAUACGAGAACGGAAUCCGCACGCGGUUGAAGAUGGACGCAGACAACCGGCCAAAGAUCUCGCUUUGGGGCAUCCUCAAGUCCAUGGUCGGAAAGGACAUGACGAAGAUGACACUUCCGGUGUCUUUCAACGAACCCACCUCUCUUCUGUAUCGCUGCGGCGAGGACAUGGAGUAUGCCGAUCUUUUGGACCUUGCCGCCGACCGCACGGACUCCAUUGAACGGCUGCUCUACGUUGCGGCCUUUGCUGCUAGCGAGUACGCAUCCACCAUUGGACGUGUUGCCAAACCCUUCAAUCCCUUGCUCGGCGAGACGUUUGAGUACGUUCGGCCAGACAAAAACUACCGCUUCUUCAUUGAACAGGUCAGCCAUCACCCGCCAAUCGGCGCGGCGUGGGCUGAGUCACCUAAGUGGACGUACUAUGGCGAGUCUGCCGUCAAGUCUAAGUUCUACGGUCGUUCCUUCGAUAUCAAUCCGCUCGGCACUUGGUUCCUCAGGCUCCGGCCAACCCACGGCGGGAAAGAGGACUUUUACACGUGGAAAAAGGUCACUUCCUCCGUUGUCGGCAUCAUCACGGGCAAUCCCGUCGUCGACAACUACGGCCCCAUGGAAAUUAAAAACUGGACAACCGGCGAAGUGUGCCACAUCGAGUUCAAGCCGCGCGGCUGGAAGGCGUCAAGCGCGUACAUCAUCACGGGCAAGGUGGUAGACGCCAACGGCCGCGUGCGAUUCAGUCUCGGCGGACGCUGGAACUCUAGGCUCUACGCCCGCCUCACGCCCGGGUACGAAACCACCGUGGACGAGCCUGCCGCGGGGACGGCCGACGAUUCGAUCCACAGCGGCAGCAUCACGGACCCGAGCAAGGCCUACCUUAUCUGGCAGGCCAACCCGCGGCCGCAGGGCAUCCCGUUCAACCUGACACCGUUUGUCCUCACGUUCAACCACAUUGACGAUCAACUCCGCCCGUGGCUGGCGCCGACCGACUCACGGUUCCGACCGGACCAGAGGGCGAUGGAGGAAGGCGAGUAUGACUUUGCCGCGACGGAGAAAAAUCGGCUUGAGGAGGCGCAGCGGGCGAGGAGGAGGGCGAGGGAGGCCAGGGGCAAGGAGUUUGUCCCCGCGUGGUUUACCAGGGCCAAGUGCGAGGUCACGGGCGAGAUGUACUGGAAGUUUAAUGGGGAGUAUUGGAAGAGGAGAGAGAAGGCUGGGCCGAACGGGGAGGGCGGGGUCUGGGACGGCUUGGAGAGUAUCUUUUAGUCAGAUUGGAUACCUACGAGCUGGAAUGAUGGAAAACGGGAAUGGCUUGAAGAGGUGAUGCUGGGGGUGGGUUUCCUAGAGCGGUUGUCUGUUGACUGUUCCUGUCCUAAGCUAUUUAUCCUAAGGAAGACUCGCCGAGGUGAUAGACUAUGUUUCCUGCGCCUUGAUGGUUAGUCGAAGGAGCAGACGGAUGAUUGAGUCCCCAAAUCCUGUCCCUCAUUUCGUU